AUGUUUCAUAUAAUAAAUUCAAUUAAUAUUCCUUUUUCUCUUUUCUUUUUCUUUUUUCCUUUUUUUUUCUUUUUCCUUUUUUUUCUUUUUCCUUUUUCUUCUUUUUCCUUUUUCUUUUCCCUUUUUUAUCUGUCUUUCUUCCCAUUUUUUUCUGUCUUUCUUCCCAUUUUUUUAUCUGUCUUUCUUCCCAUUUUUUUUAUCUGUCUUUCUUCCCAUUUUUUUAUCUGUCUUUCUUCCCAUUUUUUUAUCUGUCUUUCUUCCCAUUUUUUUAUCUGUCUUUCUUCCCAUUUUUUUAUCUGUCUUUCUUCCCAUUUUUUUAUCUGUCUUUCUUCCCAUUUUUUUAUCUGUCUUUCUUCCCAUUUUUUUAUCUGUCUUUCUUCCCAUUUUUUAUCUGUCUUUCUUCCCAUUUUUUUUCUGUCUUUCUUCCCAUUUUUUUUAUCUGUCUUUCUUCCCAUUUUUUUUUUCUUCCCAUCUUUUAUCUGUCUUUCUUCCCAUUUUUUUAUCUGUCUUUCUUCCCAUUUUUUUAUCUGUCUUUCUUCCCAUUUUUUUUAUCUGUCUUUCUUCCCAUUUUUUUUUUUAUCUGUCUUUCUUCCCAUUUUUUUUUAUCUGUCUUUCUUCCCAUUUUUUUUAUCUGUCUUUCUUCCAUUUUUUUUUAUGUCUUUCUUCCCAUUUUUUUCUGUCUUUCUUCCCAUUUUUUUUAUCUGUCUUUCUUCCCAUUUUUUUUAUCUGUCUUUCUUCCCAUUUUUUUUAUCUGUCUUUCUUCCCAUUUUUUUUAUCUGUCUUUCUUCCCAUUUUUUUUAUCUGUCUUUCUUCCCAUUUUUUUUAUCUGUCUUUCUUCCCAUUUUUUUUAUCUGUCUUUCUUCCCAUUUUUUUUAUCUGUCUUUCUUCCCAUUUUUUUUAUCUGUCUUUCUUCCCCCAUUUUUUUAUCUGUCUUUCUUCCCAUUUUUUUAUCUGUCUUUCUUCCCAUUUUUUUUAUCUGUCUUUCUUCCCAUUUUUUUAUCUGUCUUUCUUCCCAUUUUUUUUGUCUUUCUCUGUCUUUCUUCCCAUUUUUUUUUUUUUAUCUGUCUUUCUUCCCAUUUUUUUUAUCUGUCUUUCUUCCCAUUUUUUUUAUCUGUCUUUCUUCCCAUUUUUUUUUAUCUGUCUUUCUUCCCAUUUUUUUUAUCUGUCUUUCUUCCCAUUUUUUUUUUUUUUUUUAUCUGUCUUUCUUCCCAUUUUUUUUAUCUGUCUUUCUUCCCAUUUUUUUUUUAUCUGUCUUUCUUCCCAUUUUUUUUAUCUGUCUUUCUUCCCAUUUUUUUUUAUCUGUCUUUCUUCCCAUUUUUUUAUUAUUUUUUUUUAUCUGUCUUUCUUCCCAUUUUUUUUUAUCUGUCUUUCUUCCCAUUUUUUUUUUAUCUGUCUUUCUUCCCAUUUUUUUAUCUGUCUUUCUUCCCAUUUUUUUUUUUUUAUCUGUCUUUCUUCCCAUUUUUUUAUCUGUCUUUCUUCCCAUUUUUUUUUAUCUGUCUUUCUUCCCAUUUUUUUUAUCUGUCUUUCUUCCCAUUUUUUUAUCUGUCUUUCUUCCAUUUUUUUUAUCUGUCUUUCUUCCCAUUUUUUAUCUGUCUUUCUUCCCAUUUUUUUUUCUGUCUUUCUUCCCAUUUUUUUUUAUCUGUCUUUCUUCCCAUUUUUUUUUAUCUGUCUUUCUUCCCAUUUUUUUAUCUGUCUUUCUUCCCCAUUUUUUUUUAUCUGUCUUUCUUCCCAUUUUUUUUAUCUGUCUUUCUUCCCAUUUUUUUAUCUGUCUUUCUUCCAUUUUUUUUUUUUAUCCUUUCUUCCCAUUUUUUUAUCUGUCUUUCUUCCCAUUUUUUUUAUCUGUCUUUCUUCCCAUUUUUUUUAUCUGUCUUUCUUCCCAUUUUUUUUAUCUGUCUUUCUUCUUUUUUUUAUCAUUUUUUUUUUUAUCUGUCUUUCUUCCCAUUUUUUUUAUCUGUCUUUCUUCCCAUUUUUUUUCUCUGUCUUUCUUCCCAUUUUUUUUUUUUUCUGUCUUUCUUCCCAUUUUUUUUAUCUGUCUUUCUUCCCAUUUUUUUAUCUGUCUUUCUUCCCAUUUUUUUAUCUGUCUUUCUUCCCAUUUUUUUAUCUGUCUUUCUUCCCAUUUUUUUAUCUGUCUUUCUUCCCAUUUUUUUUAUCUGUCUUUCUUCCCAUUUUUUUUAUCUGUCUUUCUUCCCAUUUUUUUUAUCUGUCUUUCUUCCCAUUUUUUUUAUCUGUCUUUCUUCCCAUUUUUUUUAUCUGUCUUUCUUCCCAUUUUUUUUAUCUGUCUUUCUUUUUUUUUUUCUCAUUAUUUUCUAUUAA